AUGAUGCAAGCCAGAAAGAAUGAGUGCGACGUAAUCGGACUGACCGAGACGAGACGACGUCACCCUCUCAACGCCGUAUAUGAAACUGGAGAAGAACUGUUUUUAGGAACAUGCGACAGUAGAGGUGUUGGUGGAGUUGGUGUCCUCGUCAACACGAGUAUGGCAAAGAACAUCGACUCUUUUGAACAACUUACGACCCGAAUCGGACGUCUGCGGAUGAGAAGUUGUAGCCCAACACCAGCUUUGACUAUCUUCGUCGCUUACGCUCCAACAUCAAGCUACGAAGAAGAAGAAGUCGAAGCUUUCUAUAUGGACCUGGAGAAGUUCUACCGAGAAGACCAUGCCUUCUACAAAGUCAUAAUUGGCGAUUUAAACGCCAAGGUUCUGCCUGACGGACGUCGGUGUUGUACCAAAGUUCUAUACGGGAUCGGACCAUCGCCUCCUCCGAGGAAGAUUUUGCUUCACAAGGAGAGCAGAGAAAGCCGCCAAGUUCAGAGAGAGAAAUCCCAGGACUACCAUCAAUUGGGAUCACUAGCCGGCUUUUGGGAAGAUUCCGCAAUGGACAACAUCGACGAGGAAUAUGACCGGCUUAUUGAACACCUUCACGACUGCGCGAAGAAGGCUGAGAGUUUUGAAACCACCAAGAGGCGCCUGUCUCUUGAAACUCUUCAGCUGAUACGCCAGCGCGGAGCAGCACGAGCCGCAGGGAACGAAGAACUCACGUCCGAGCUCGCAAGGCUUUGCAGAGAGGCGCUAAAGGAAGACCUUAAAGAGAGAAGAGCAGAAGUGCUGGCUGAAGCUGCAGAGGCGGGGAAAAGCAUCCGCUAUGCCCGUCGAGACUUCGCCAGUCGCAAGACGAGGAUGACUCCUCUCCGGAACCCAAAGGGAACAGCCAUUGCAUCGAUAAGUGGGAUGGAGAGAAUAAGACCAGAACAACUGAAGAACCUUCCGCCAGUGCUCAUCAACACCCUGGCGAGGCUCUUUACACGUUACUUGUCGGAAUGCAAGGUUCCUAAACAGUGGAAGACCAGCAAGACUGUGUUGCUGUAUAAAAAGGGAGAUCCACAUGACAUCGGCAACUAUCGCCCAAGCAGGGUUUCGAAAAGGAUUCAGCACGACUGA